CAAAGCAAAUCUUCUGAGACCUGUGUCGACUUAAUUUUCUCGGCCAACGAGCACCACCUGCAUCUUCCGAUCAACAGACAUGGCGGACGAGAAGGUCGAGAAAACUGAAAAACCUGUUUCACGAGUUUUCAGUGAAGAGGAAGAAAUCGGAGAAAAGCAAGUCACAAAGAUAAGUCCAUAUGAGCUGAGAUCUUCGGAUACUCCUGCUCUCGUCAUCACCCAGAUUAAAUUAACUGGAGAUAACUAUGAAGAAUGGGCCCGGGCGAUGCGAAUAGCUCUCCGAGCCAAAAGGAAGUUUGGAUUCAUUGACGGAUCCAUUCCUCUCCCAGAAGAAGACGAAGAAGAAGCUGAAGAAUGGUGGAUCGUGAACGCCAUGUUGGUGUCAUGGAUCUUUAACACCAUAGAUGGAUCUCUCAGAAAUUCCAUCACACAAGUAGAAGAAGCAGCCCAACUCUGGAACGACAUCAAGGAGCGGUUCUCCGUUGCAAACGGACCUAGAAUAAACCAGUUAAAAAGGGAAUUGGCAAAUUGCAGGCAGAAUGGAGUGAGUGGUGAGGAGUGCCAUAUAUCUGCACCAUCUCUUUUGAAAUUUCUUGUUCCGAUUCUCCUCCUCCGCCUAGAUCUUGUUAAAAUUACAUAUGAUCUUUUGUUGGAGGUGGUAGGCGGGUCAGCUCUGUGGUCAUUGAACUUCACCUUCUUGCAGAUCUGCUUCCUGAGAAAGCUUCUGCUAGUGCGGUCGGUGAGUGGAGAUGACGGUGGUGGUGUGGACUAGGGAAGACAGCGGGUGGAGAUGACGGUGGUGGUGUGGACCAGUGACCAGGGAUCUGCUUCCUGAGAUGACGGUUAACUCCUAUAGAUCGGAGAUAGCAGGGAAGGACCAGUGUUGAGAUAGCAGGGAAGGGGUAUUGUGGACAUUUUCAUCACAAAGUCAACAAUCAAUAAAAAUGACCAAAAGUCAAAAAUGGGAACUUAAAAUCCGGACGGAGGGAGUAGUUAAAAACAUAUUUGGAAAAAGACUAAACAAAAUUAAUCAAUUUAACGUGACCAUGAUUAACCAGACGGAGGGGUAGAAAAAUUGAGGCCAAGCGGUCGAGUCCUGCAAGUAUAGUUAAUUAGGGCAAGGGGAUACACGCUUUGCUUCCUGGAAAUCGGAGAAGAGAAGAUAUAUGGAGGAACCGAAACCAGCGCAGAAGGGAUCUGCUAAGAGUCGAUCCGGAUCCGAGAGGGAGAAGAACCAGCAGCUCAACCCUAUUAAUUAGGGCAAGGCGAUACACGCACUGCUUCCUGCAAAUCGGAGAAGAGAAGAUAUGGAGGAACAGCAGAACGGAUCUGUUAAGAAUCGCCAUCGUCGAUCCAAAUCCGAGCACCCGACCCUGUUUUUCCAAUGAUUUGCGAUGUGUUCUCUUGUUUUCCCAAUACAUGUAAAUAGGGACAAAUAUGAUCCAUAACCCCUAUUACAAACGAAGCCCUACGACUAUGCCUGAUGCUCUCUUUGAACAUGUUUAAUAAUCCCACAAAGUUUUGCGGAAAAUUUUAUUUUCAAUCAAUAUUAAAAUUAGUACAACUUCAUGCAUAGUACUCCGUAUAAAAUUAGCCCAAAAUG